AUGCCUCUCCCAUCAGACCCUCGCGUCGCCUUGCACACCGAAGGUAAGAUCGCCUACAUCAGAAUCAACAUCCCCGAGAAGCUCGGCGCCCUGACUCAAGAUCUCUGCUACCGUCUCGCAUGUCUCAUGCGCGAGGUAGCAAAGCGCGACGACAUAUUCAUCACAAUCUUGACGGGCACAGGCCGCUACUUCUCCGCCGGCGCCGACGUCUCAGUCGGCCGAUCCCUCUCCGAGCACGCCGACGUACGCCGCGAGAGCUUGCGCAGUUUCGUGUCCAACAACCUAGAGGUCGCGAACGCAUUCUACACCCAUCCGAAAAUCCUCGUCACCGCGCUCAAUGGGCCCGUCAUAGGUAUCUCCGCCGCCCUUGUCGCGCACUCUGAUUUCAUAUAUUGCACGAGGUCUACCUUUCUCCUCACGCCCUUUACUUCGCUCGGGCUGGUAGCAGAAGGUGGAGCCAGCCAUGCGUUUGUGCAGCGCUUGGGUAUCAGUAAAGCGAACGAGGCCCUGAUCAUGAGCAAGCGCAUCACCGCUGAGGAAUUGUUGCACACUGGCUUUGUCAACAAGAUCUUCGACACGGGCAAGGAUGACCAUGAGAAGUUCUUUGCCGAAGUAAUGAAAGAGGUGCAUGAUCGCCUUGGAAGCCAUCUUAACAGCGAGUGCUUGGUGAAGGUGAAAGAGCUGAUUCGCAGACCGGAGCGCCAGACUUUGGAUUCGCAGAACGUUGCAGAGGUUUUCGGAGGAUUGGAGCGUUUUGCCGCUGGAAUCCCGCAAGAGGAGUUUCGCAAAAUUGCCAGUGGGGAGAAGCGUCACAAGUUGUGA